UGGGAGCCAAACAGGUCUGGACCCCCAUCUGCCCCCUGCCGCACAUCAUUUCUGAGAGGUUCCCUGGAGCCUCAGUUUCCUGGCCUGUAGAAAGGGAUACUAAUACCUGCUUUGAUUGUUUUUUGCAAAGAUAAAUGAAAUAAUGUGAGAAAGAAACUACUAUGUAUGUAGUCACUGUAAGUUCUCAGAAAAUGUUAAUUUCAUUACUACCUUUGGUGGUCUUCCAUCUUGACAUAGGAUUUCAGAAACAUUCUUUGGCAUUGGUUUAAGGCAGGGAAUGAGACCUAGAUGAAGAAUGUAUUGAUUUUGUUAACUGUGGCAUUGGAAAAAAUCCAAGUAUUAAAUGUUGUCAGGGGCUUGCUCUUCAGUGUGCCUGUACACUUGGUCCCUAUAACUUGUUGUCACAGGAGGUUAGAUAAAUGGAGCUUCCGCAGACACUUGCACAGCCAGCUUCUGCAAAGGAGUCCUUCACCCAUGACAGGACACAGUCAUUUCAGAAUUAAAACAAAACCCCCCACUGAUGGACUGUGCCAAGGGACAGCCAUCAAUAAAGGAAGGUGGAGACCUAAGAGAACAGAGAAAUAUGAAAGAGGGACAAUCCUAACAUUGACUAAACUUUUUGGAAAUUUUUUGUUUGAUAAUUUUGGAAGAUGCCCCAAAUUAUUACAAGAAAUGAAAUUCAGGGAGGCAAAGGAACUUGAAAAACAAUAAUUAUUAUUUAUUUGUCACCAGUAACAGUCAUUUUAACAGUAAGAGUCAAUAAAUUCCUGCUUACUUGUCCUGUCAAUGAUAACUCAAGUAACUGGUUAAACUACUCAUAGAAAGCAGAUUAUUUAAUUACAAUGCAUUUAACUUCCAACCUUUAAAAAGAGUAUGGAUUAUUUUUAGGCUAUUCAAAAUGAAUAGUAUGUUCUUAUUUAAAUUCAUUUAAAUUGAAAUUCAAGGGAAUGUUUAAACAUACACAUCACUAGCAGCAUGCACACACAGAGAGAGUGGUAGUAAUUUAGUCCUUGAGGGAAAUAAGGUAUGGACAGCCCCCAGGACUUAGAAAGGAGUACUUUCUAAAGAACAGAUGUGAUUCAAAUACAGUGCACCUGACUUUACUAAUGAGAUAAAAAUGGAAGAAAAUAUUUCAAAGAAAAUAGAAUUCAGGAUCUUCUAUGUACAUUUUUAAUUUGAUUAUUAAGUGUAUUAUAUUCAGAAGAACUGCUAACAACUAUAGAGGUAUACUCAACAAAAAUGUUUUGUCUAAAUUUCAGGACAAUCUCUGGCGGUUCGUAUCCAGGAGCCCCGAUAUCAGUUCAAACAGACGAGAGUUGGCUUCAAGAUUUGUCCAACAAAAAGAAGUCUGAUUUACUCAAAGUUGCUGGUGUGUUGAUAGCUGCCUUCCCCAUUUCCAGUACUGCCCUGGAAUCUGUGGAGGAAAUAAUCCUGAGAAAAUGGGAUACACUGCACAAGCCCUUCAACUUUCCUCCUAAAUCUAUCCUUUUCUCUUCAGAAAAAUGGGUAGUUAAUCCAGAAGAGCCAGAACUAACUAUUUUAUGUGAGCUGGAGUUUAAGGAAGACUUCGUAACACUGUUUGAGCCCUCUCUAAGAACGUUACCCAGCAUUGGGCCGCCACCCUUUCUGGCAUUCAAACGAGAGGGUUUUGACUUCGGCACUGACUUCGAGGAAGAAGAGGAGGAAAUAUCACCCAAGUGUGAAUUUUGUGGGAGUGAUCUAAGAACAUUUCUUUCCAUUGUGGAUAUGUAUGCUGACUACAGUAGCUCUGAGCCAAUAGAAUAUGCCCCCUGUUGUAGUUAUUUCCAAAAUCUGAUUGACUACAUGUAUGAGGAAAAACUAAAAAUCCAAAGCUGUAAAGAUGAACUAAUCUGUAUCAAACCUCACGCAGCCCACGGCACUGACAUUGAUAGACUCAAAGCAAAGGAAAAAGCCCUGAGGAGAAAACAGGAGCAAAAAAUGGCCAAACAUUUCACAGUAAAAACAAAUGAACACACUGGCUUCUUUGAAGAAGAUUCAAAACACCUCAAAACAAUUUCUUAUCAGCUUUCUGUGGAUAUUCCAAAACAAGAGGUAGUUGAAGACAGACUAUUUGAUUUUGAACUAGACAAAAGAAACAUGUCCAUUGCUUGUUGUGAUUCUAGGAAAGCAUGUGGAAAGAUUGUGAGAAAUGAGCUCUUGGAGAAGAACUACAAACAUGGGAGCAAGUUUCUGACUUCAUUUCCAGAUGGAACAACGCAAAUAUUCUACCCAUCUGGAAACUUAGCCAUCAUCCGAGUGCCCAACAAGACAGAUGGCUUCACUUGUAUUGUCCAAGACGACAUGCCCGCUAACCCUGCCAUCCUGGCAGUGCUGAAUUCUUUUGGCAGAAGUUCCUGCUAUCAUCCCAAUGGAAAUGUCUGGAUGUACAUCAACAUCUUGGGAGGCCAAUGUUCAGAUCAAGCCGGCAACAGAAUAAGGGCUUGGAAUUGGUCAAGUUCUGUUGCCUCCUCACUUGUUUCAUUUAAACCUGUCUUCCUGGCUUUGAACCAUUAUGUUGGAAUUCGCAUCUUAGAACAAGACAAGAUUUCAAUCACUUUCCUAGCAAUGGGCCAACAGGCAAGAAUCAAUAUUGGAACCAAAGUGAAGCUAGUGAACCCUGAGGAGAUUCCAGUUCACCGCUACAUCAACGAGAAUGACCUUCUUCUGCUGGCCACUUUAAUAAAGAUUCGACGCCUGUUUCAUAAACUUGAAGGAUGUGUAAAUUUCCCAUCUGGCCAGGUUUGGGCAAAAUUUAAGCAACCAUCUUACCUUUCUUCACUUUCUGUAAAACUAAUGGCCCUCUGUCACAGUUCUGGUAUAAAGCAAGAUAAAAUAACAGCAAUAGCAGCUAUAAUAAAUGAAAAAACUUAACUAAGAAUGCAGAUGUUUUCAUUUGUUUCAUUGAUUUUUUUAGGAGGGGGUAUGGGAGAUUUCAAGAAAUAUGUAUAAAAUGACUAGAAAAGACCAAGAAAUACGAUUUAUUAUAAAUUUAGAACACAUCCUGCAUCGUCACUGGUUUA